CUCUCUCCUCGGACACUUCUGGCAUCUCCCACAUUUUGCCAUCGCCGGCGGUCACCUCCGCUGUUGUGCAUUAAGUUGACGAUAAGAAGAAAGGAGAUUGGAGCUAGUCCGGAAGCAGGGGGUUUGGCCCCGGACAAUGUAGUCGUAGAGCUCGCAAGAAGUUGUUGGGAACCAUAGACGGUCUUCAAGGCCCUUUGCAAUAUGCCAAAGCCACACCAAAUGCUUCGCAAGACAGGCCAUCUAGAGGGAACCGUCUUUUCCCUUGCCGAGGUACGACUAAGUACCUAAGAAACAAGUGUGUAAAUCUAUCCAAGUCCAGCCUCGUGUGUGCGGCGUAUUAACUUUAUUGGAAAUAGAAAUGAUGACAGAUGGAUUACUUUUUGAUUCCCGAGCUCACUCAGCUCGAGGUACGGUAGGUACGGAAACGUAACAUCUUGUUUCACUGGUUAUUCCAUCGCCAAUUUCCCUCCGUAGCUUCCAAUGGCAUGCUGUGUUACCUCCCGAGGCCAAGUCUAAUCGUCCGAUGUAGCUAUCUACUGGGUCGCUUGGUAAUUUGGUGGUGAACACACAUCAAAGAGCCACAUAAGUUUCGUCGCGCAUAGCCUAUCUCAAGCCGCCGUCGCCAUCCUUGGUCGACCUGUGGGCCAUGAGGUGUUACACCACCCGCUCACGUGCCGCCGCUUUCCCCAACAGCCUUCCGCCCCUUCUUACGAUCGGAACUCUUGAAGCUCGGUCCAGUGGGGAAGGUGCAUUUCGUUCAGCGAAGCUCCCCGCAUCCGGUGCAAAGAGGACGAUGACGUGAAGCCAAAAAAGCUCGUUCUAUCCAGCCAACGGUAAGCUGCAACAGCGGCUUCUAUCGCAACGACGAUCCCUGUUUGGAUCUGGCUAGCUGUGGCGCUUGGAGCCCUUUUUGCUCCUGUUCAGUGGUGAACUCUCCCUCCCUCCCUUUCAUGAUCAAGACGUGGACAGGACAAGAUAGGAGGAUGCUCCCAGUAAAACCACCAGAAGAGCAAGAUGAGGACUGUCACGGCCAGUUUACAGCCGCUGGUCUUAUCUGGCGAUCCAAUUCUCGUCAUAUUGCUGCGUCCCUCACAUGUCCGAAAUUCCCCGUCACCUGCACCGUCCCUCUUGCGGCAGUUCAGAUAUCCUAUCCUAACUUGCCAAGCCGCUCACCUACCCAGACACUGCAUUACUACUAAGGUAGCCAGCCAGUUUGUACGCUCCCUCGCCAUGGAAAUCCAUGCACCCGGUCACCGCCGUGCUUUGAGCGAGGAUAUCCACCCCUCACGUCAAAGCCUAUCGGCUUCUGAACUACAGACGCCGCUCACGAUUGUAAGUCAGCUGAAGGGGGGUUCGUUAUUUCGACUCGACCUGUUCCUAGUCUCCAAGCGGUUCUCUAUCACAUAUCUCAAUUGUCCGGUUUCGUUCCAUCCACGCUGCCCUUCAUUCCAUCGCUACCCGCCUCCAAGACUUCUCAUCCUCUGCUCUGCUGCAAUGUACUGCCUGGAUCUCAGCUGCGUGACGUUGGCUUGAACAUCACGACGUUGUGGGCAAUACACGUCUCGACUUUGACCACGAGCAUGGAUUAUCUGGGAGAACCCACCUCAUCACUGCCCAUACCACGUCGUUACCUGGAUUGAGGGACGCGUCGAGAAGGACAAGGCAAGUCAAGCAGAUGUCCGGACGGCGAGACACCAUGCGAGAGAGGACACCAGCAGCGAGUGAACACUGGGUGGACUGCCGAUAUGCACCCAGGAUUGUCCAGACGACCUCUCCUACAGUACAGCGGCUCGGACAUCUGCACCUUUGCCCGUCGCGGCAGCCCACAACGGGACCAGGCCCGCAUCGCCUAACUCUCCUCAACCUCCCUUACGAGCUUCGCCUAGACAUUUACGAGCUCCUGCUCCUGGCCCCAGACCCAAUCAUCGUGUCCAGCCACAGACGCCAACUGCGUGUGAAGAUUGAGCCGCCAGAGCACCGGAUCGCCUAUCAGCGUGCCCCUCGGCCAAGGCCCCGUGUCGUGACACUCACCUCCAAAAAACCCCACGUCGAUAUUUUGCAGACGUGCAAGCAGGUCAACCAUGAAGCCACUCCCCUCCUCUACCGUGGGAAUGACUUUAUCGUCGGCCUAAGACUCGGUGGGAGGAGAGUAACGAGAAUUGAGCCCGCAGACCUGGCGGGCUUCUUCCUCUGCUCUCUGCGCCCUACUACGUUACUCCAUCUAUCCUCCAUGAACUUUAGAGGUGCCUGCCAGUGCGACCAAUGGCUCUCCCUGCCUGCUACAGCUGGUUAUUCCGUUACUGGCAAUGAGCUUGUUAGCGUAUGCCCUGAUGCUUGGGACUACCACCAGAUGGUGUACUUGAUCAUCAGCAACGCUCUGUGGAAUCUUGAGAAAGACUUCAGGAGGCUUAGGAUUUGUGCAUUUUGCAACGCCAGCAGCCAUGGCCAGCACUACAUCUACUAGUUGAUCUGGUGGUUCAGAGGUUGCUUAGGCCGGCUCUUGUAUCCUGCUGACGUCACAAGUCAGACGAAUGAGAGUGCGCGAACGAUGUAAAUAUCAAUCCGGGCAUCGUAGGUCAGCUCUGCCCUAGCGCUCUGGGAGAUGGCUGUCGUCUACUCGUAAUCAAAGAUCAUCCUCAUGAUAAACACAGUACUCUAUCCGUUGUUCAAGUUCCGAAUGUUCCAGCCGCGUUCUUUGUAUUUCUUGUGCCGUCCACGUCGUCUGGUCCGAGUUCUCCCGUUCUAAUC